UCAGGACUUUACUUCUUCUUCUUCCUGCUCAUCACUUCUUCUUCUUCUUCUUCUUCUCCUCCUCCCUGCCCGAGCCGCCGCAUCACCACCGCCCACCAUCUUCCAGGAAAUGACCCGAGCUGCUGGAAGAGGAGCCGCCUCAUUCCGCUGAGUCCAGCCGGCUCCAGAGCUCCGAGUGCGGCCACAGACGCCUGUUGUGUAACCGACUCACCGGUAGUUCGCUGCUCCAUCACCGCCGAGCCUCCACCCUCCUGCGCCCGGUUCACAGCCCGGUUCACCGCCGCACAUCCCCGCAGACUUCAGCCUCCUCCACCCGGUUCUCCACCCUCCUCCACCCGGUUCUCCACCCGGUUCUCCACCCGGUUCUCCACCCGGUUCCCCGCCGCCAUGGCCACGCAGAUCGAUAAGGAGGCCUGCAGAGAAGCUUACAACGAGGUGCGGGACGACAACACGGACACCAGCUGGGCUGCGUUCAAGUACGAGGGCCCCAGGAUCGUCCCCGCAGGACAAGGCACCGACUAUGAGGACUUCAAGAGGAUGUGCACAGAUGACGCUCGCAUGUUCGGCUUCAUCCGGAUCACGACGGGCGACGCCAUGAGCAAACGAGCCAAGUUCACCCUCAUCACCUGGAUCGGCGAGAACAUCAGCGGGCUGCAGCGCGCCAAGAUCAGCACCGACAAGACUCUGGUGAAAGACAUCGUGCAGAACUUUGCGAAGGAGUUCAUGAUCAGUGACCUGAGGGAGCUGGACGAGGACUACAUCCGCACGGAGCUGAGGAAGGCCGGGGGGGCCAACUACGAUGCUCAGGCCGAGUAGAGAAGAGCCACAUCCCACUGGAAGU